AGAGAUAAAAUGUAGAAUCGAGAUAGCCCGCACGACAUUUUUAAAAAUGAGGUCAUUUUUCUGUAUUGUUAACUUGAAACUUCAACUUCAAAAGCGUAUAGUUAAAUGCUACGUAUACAGUGUACUAUACUAUGGAGUGGAAUCAUCGACGUUAAAUCUAGACAAAAUAAGACGACUUAACGCCUUUGAAAUGUGGAACUGUAGAAUAAUUAUAAGGGUUUUCUGGGUAGAUAGAGUUAGGAACAAUGAAGUACUGAGAAGAAUAGGUAAAGAGAAGGAAGUUGAACUUACAAUAAUUAAAGAAAGAAUGCUACAGUAUCUCGGAUAUGUAAUGCGGGGAGAGAAGUAUGGCAUCCUGCGACUCAUUAUGCACGGAACAAAGGACGACAGAAGAAGCAUAGGAAGAAGAUGAAUUUCAUGGCUUAAAAACCUAAGAGAAUGGUUUGGAUGCAGCUCAAAACAACUAUUUAGAGCUACCGCCUCA